UUGACUGGAGCAGAAGACAUCGCUGGCAAGAACUCAUACAUUGAGAGAGAAUGGCGUCCGAAGGAGCUACCGUUCUCGAUGAUGUUGCCGGUGCUGUUCAGCCCAAGGCUGCAGUACUACUAAUUAUUGGCGAACCAUUCUCAGAGGAACAGAAGACUUUGAUCCUUGCAGAGGUUACCAAAGGAUUCCGAGGAUGGGACAAUGAGUCUACAGGAAUUGACAUAAAUGAGGAAUUGGCUCAAAUUGCCAACAAAGCAGCUCUAGGAGAGGAGGGACCCGGUGACACAUCAGGUGGGAAGAACGGUGGUGAGCGACUUAUCCGACAUCGGUCAGACAGCCUUGCAGUAGAAGUGCUGAUAAAUCCACAAGCUCAGUCAGUCAAGAAAUCCAUACGUGGCAUUCUUACACAGUUAUCUCCCAUCAAGCUAGUCAUCUUUGCUGGCUAUGCGUUCCAAGGUACAGGAGCUUGGGUACUGCAAGAUGAUACAUUCUCCUUUGCUACCUUUGCGCAGAUUUUUAAAGAUCCUGAUGUGGAAAAUGCAGCAAAACAGCUGGAGAAUGCCUCCCUGACACUUCACACCGUUGGUUCUAGUGACUGGAGCAGUAACCUAAAGGGAUCUGAUGCUGCACGACUGCUGAAGGUGUCUGUCAAUCCUGCCGACAAGCUUGAACACAUUCAUGGUGUUUUGCAGUUUACUGCGUACAUAAGCAGUUUCAUCAAGCCUCUGAAUCUUGCCAACGUUUUGCAGACCUCUGAUGUUGUUGGCAACAUUUCCUUUACACGUCCUGUGCUUUAUGUGUUUCCAGCUUCUCAGGGUGAUGCUGCUUUGUUUGGCAUGAAAGGGUUUAACAUGCUUGUCAAUGGGGGGUAUAGUCGUAGAUCCUGCUUUUGGGACUUUGCUCGUCAUCUUGAUGGUAUUGAUGCAUUGCUACUUACACACCUAGGGCCUGACAAUCUCUUUGGAGUCAAGUCUCUAUUGGAGAGAAAGAAUGUGGAAACCAUCCAUCCUGACAUUGGAUUCAUGUACAUGAACCAUGGCAAGCAUUCCUUUGCCAAUGAGGACGUCAAAGAAGAAAAAAUGGUAGACCCUACUCUUCUCAUUAAUUUGACAGAGGAAGGUAAUAAGAUAGUGGAACUCGGAAAGCAGCUGGGACAUAUUCCUCACCCUCUUUCUCGCUCAGUGUCUGGAAAUCUGGAGCCCAUAAAUCUCUUCCACAAGGUGGGAAUGGGCUCCCUUGAUAUGUACAUCUUGAAUCCUGUGACAGAUUCUAAAGAGAUGAAGGACUUCCUCCAAGGGUGGAGCAAGCAGGCACCCAAUCUGGGUGCUGUAAAUGGGAUCCCCAUACCCAAUGUAACAUCCAUUUGUGCUCUGCUUGUUGUGCGCCCUGCAAAACCUAAUGAAAAGGUUACCAGGCUGCUGUUCCCUGGCAGUGCUCCUCAGCACAAGAUAUUAGAGGGCUUGGAGCGAGUGAAAAAUCUUGAGUUUCUGAAGCAUCCUUCAUUCUGUGAUCGUGACACUCUCAAGCCUAAGAAACCUGUGGGUAAUGGAAGAGCAGGAUCUGCCACUAGAAGAGCUCCACCUGCUGCGGCCACCAUCACUAAGACAGCAGUCGCUGCCACCAAGGCUGAGCCACCCAAAAGACUGGAAACCAAAGCCCCGCCAACCAAGACUGCUGCAGCCACAGCCUCAAAAGCACCUAAAUCAAAGAAGGAUGAUAACAACAAGAGAGCAUCUAGCGCCAAAGAUAAGGAGAAGGUCAAACUAGAUGAGAAGGAGAAGGAAGACAAAUCCAAAUCUUCUGCUUCAUCCAGCCCCUCCAAAGCAUCUGUCAAGACAGCCUCUCCUAUAAAAACUCCAUCGUCUCCUGCAAAAACUCCUGCAGUGGUUACCCCUGAUGAGACAAUCCCUUCAGAACCCACAUCAGAGGCACUUGUGGUUGCCGAGCCCAUUGUUUCUGAAAGCAAUCAUGUUGAAGAGGAAUCAUUCCCAUUUGACAAGGCUAGCCCUGUGCCACAGGAAUCAGGUGCAGGAGAUGAUAAUCGCCAGGCCGACUCACCAGUAGCCCUUCCACAACCUGUCCAGCUGGAAGGAAGGGAGUUAAAGAGCUUUGGUCCAGAUGCCAGUUCUGCUGCUUUAGACAGACAGAAACUCCAAGAACUAGGGAUUUAUGAUGAUGAGGAAGAAGACGAGGAAGCAGAUGUGAAUGAAGGUAAAGAAAAUGGUGACUAUGAGCAUGAAUCGGGCUUUGAUGUUGAAGAUGAAGAAAUCCAGCCUCAGCCUCUGCCAGAACCUGUUGAAAUGGCACAGUCACCCUGUGCUGAACCUGAUCUCAUCCAAGAUACAUUUAGCAAAACAGUUCCUGAAGUAUCAAGUGAGCAGCUGGAAGUAAGUGUGGACGAGGAAAAGCUUGUGCAAGAGUCUGAAAUUGAAUCUAAGGUUGAAGAGAUUCAAGAAUCUGCAGAGGAGCCCCAGCCUGAAUUAGAAAAAGAGGAGAGUGAAGAAACAAAGUUCAUGUGUCAGACCCAGGAACAAGAAGAACAAGAGCCUUCUGUGACAGAUGAAAAGCUGGUGGCUGAUCUGGAACCAUCUUUCCAGUCAUCCAUGCUGGAGGACGAGCAAGAGAACGGUGUUGCUGAGCCAGAUGUCUGUCCACAGUCAGCAUUAGAACUCGAGACAUCCUCUGAAAUUGAGACUCAGCAAGAUGAGCCAUCAGCUCUACUCCCAGAUGAAGAACCAGAAACAAGUCUGAGAGAAGAAGAACUAUCAACUCAACCUCCAGAAGAAGAACUAUCAACACAAGCUCCAGAAGAGGAACUAUCAACACAACCUCUAGAAGAGGAACCAUCCAUUCGGCUUGCUGAAGAUGAACCAUCACCUCAGCUUCAGGAAUAUGAGCCAUCAACAGAAGCCCCAGUGGAACCAUCAGCACAAAUCCCUGAAGAUGAGUUAAUUCAGGUUACGGAAGAUGAGACACCACAAACACCUGAAGAACAAUCACCUGAAAUUGCAGAGGAAGAAUCACCACAGAUCCCACGAGAUGAAUCACCACAGAUCUCAGAAGAUGAGCAAGAAGCAGAGGGUGACCCUGGCCUGUUGGAACAAGAAGAGGAAGAAAAAGUAGAGCUGGCUCAACAAGCAGCACCUCAGACUGAACAUGUGGCAGAUUACUUUCGUGAAGAAUUGUAUACCCAGAAAUCAGCAUGCAGCACAGAAAUGUUGCCUACUGAUUCUGCAGAGGAUCUAGCUCAAGACAUACCUUCUUCACCAGAACCAGAAGAACAAACAGAUCUUGUUUAUCCCGAUGACCUGAAAGAAGAGAUUCCUGAAGGGGAGCCCAGUUUCCUACAUGACCAAGAUUUAUCAAGAGAUGAAGAGAGCAGGGAGCAAAGCAUUCAGUAUGGAAUCUCCAAUGAAGGGGCGUAUCAGAUGGGAGGUAUCCGUGAAGAGGAGGAAGAGGAGGCUGAACGGGAAGAGGAGGAGGAGGAAGAAGACCUUGAAGAAGUUCAGCAGCAAGAAGAUAAACAAGGUCUAAACAAGUUUGCAAUGGAGGAACAUGGCAUCUAUGAUGAAGAGGAAGACGAAGAAGUUACAGCUGAAGAAGGUGUUGACAAUGAUAAAGAUGCUUAUGUGUAUGAAAAAGAUGUAAAUCUGGAGGACGAGGAAGUGUGCAGAGGGGGACCUACAGAGGCUUUUGAUCGACAUGCAGGACAAGGUGAUGAAGAGCAAGACUAUUUUGCAGAGGCUGCUGCCCAUGAUGUUGAACAAGAACCUUCUACUGUUCCUGAAGCUUUUGAAAAGGAUGAGACUCCAACACCAGUAGAAAGUGCGUUGUUACCAGAGAAACCAGAGCAGGAGGCAGACCAAGCUGAGGAGUCUGAAAGUGGCCUGGCAGACACUGCGGAAGCUGAUAGCGGGAGAGAAGAUACUGAUUCUAUUGAUGGGGGGACUCCUGAUGAUGACAAAGACAUUGAUGAAUUCCUGGCCCAGCAGCAGCAACAUUCUGAACCUUUGCAAGAGGAAGAGGACAUUGCAGAUGACUUGCCACCUGGGGCAGGACAGAGUUUCAAUCCAUUCAUUGGCCUUGACCAGCAAGAAUCCAAUGCAAUGACCAGUUCUUUCAUGGAAGAUACACAGCAGCCCAAUCCAUUUGAGACAGAUGAUCUUCCAGCCGCUUACUUAAAGAAUCAAGAUACUGAAGAGUUUGACCCCUUGGCACAAUGGGGACAUCCCACAGGCCUUCCGUCACCAACACUUCCUCAGGAGGUACCUGCACACAGGGUAGAAAGUGAGGAAGUUGGUGCUUUUGCUUCAUCAUCAACAGAUGAGAAUGACCUAAAAGAAUUUGACCCUAUUGUAGAGUGGGGACAGCCAAUGGGCUUGCCAUCACCACCGCCAGAAGCGGAAGCUAAAGCCAACAAUGCAACAAAGAAAGCAGAUACCAAAAAAGCACCUCCAACAAAAACCACUAAAUCACCUGACAAGCGACCAGCAACUGCAACCAAAACACCCACCAAAUCUACCAAUGGUUCUGCAGAGCCACAAAAAUCUGCCCGCACAACAACAGAGAAAAAAGCAGAGCCUAAGAAAACCCCUUCUAGCUUAGACACAUCUCGCACAGCCCGCCCAUCAACAGCUCCUGCUCGUGGGUUAGAUACAUCAAAAGUUGAAUCGAAGCCUCGCACUACAGCUGCACCUGCUCGCAGGCCUGCAACAACCACUGCCAACAACCGAGCUUCUCCUGUCAGCAAAAUGCCUCCUCUGCCUCCCAUGACCCCAUUUUAUGUGGAUCUGACAUACGUUCCUGCCCAUGGAGACACAGCCUACAGCGAUGUCGAAUUCUUCAAGAGAGUUAGAGCCCGCUAUUAUGUCUUGAGUUCUCUGACACCAAGUCCUGUCACGCUGCAGGCAUUAAUGGAUGCCAAGGCUACAUGGGACGCUGGCGCUGAUCAGGAAGUCACCAUCAUUCCCACAUAUGAGACCGAUGCCAUGAGGCACUGGAUGGCUUUGCACAAGGAACAGCUUGCUCAGCUCAAAAUUGAUGUUGCACCAGCUGCCAGCCGAUGCACAGUACGGCUGCAGGAUCAUGAAGAUAGCUGCUAUACUUACAGACUGGAAUUUUAAGUUGGAUCACUAAAUGAAAAGAAAAUAAUCCAACCAUUGUCAUCUGCAAUUUGUGGCUUUAGCCUACCAUGUCUUAGCACAGAUUCACAUGUAUGUCUAGGAAACCCACAAAAUGUGUAUAUGCUUUGCUGUCUUGCAGAGUACUGCUUUAUUAACAGUUCAUACACGUUUUGUUAAGCUUUCUUGCUUCUGCCUCCUAGCAGUUAUAAUUAAACUGCUUUCAGUGCAUCUCAUUAAAACCUAAAUACUGUUCAGUAUUUAGAAGAUAUUUCACUGGUGCUUUGUAACAUCAGAAACUGCUUUGCAUGAGAAUCUUCACACGUUGACUAGCUUUUUGCUUUAUGUACCCUAGAUUGAAUGAGGGCAAUAAAGAUCUCAUGGGCAAUUUCGGUGGAUGUGUACUGAAGAACUGAAAAAGAUUCAUUUCACAUAACGCAUUUACAAAAGAUCUUCAGAAGUUUUUUUCAGCUUUUUUCCUGCCACUCAUUUUUUUUAAGUGUUUAUUAUGACUGGCUGGUCACAAAGUUUUGAGGAUUUUUGUGUUAGAAUGUAAGGUCAUAUCUUUCUCUUGAAAGUAUUUUGCAAUACUUACACUACAACAAUUCAUGGGCUGAUGAUUAUAACAGACAUCUGUGAUGAAUUAAAGACUGCGUUGAGAGCAGCACUGUUUUUUUGUAAGUCAUAAUUUGUUGUACUGUACUUGCUACUUUUUUUUGGUUGCAUGUAUACUAAAAAGCAGUUAUACGUGAUUGAAAAAAAAUCAUUUUCUACUGAUUUUAUAUAAGAACAAAUUUUUUGCAUCUAAAAUGAGACUUCUUUUGAAAUAAUCUAGAUGUUAUUUAGUUGCAAGUUUAGGCCAGAUUACACAUGUAGAUGCAUGACAAUAUCCCAAGUAAUGUAGGGCAUUAUGCAGGAUAGCUUUCUUACAUGCAUUUUGCUUAAAUAAUUUAAUAAUUUACAAAAAAAAAAGCCAUCAAAGUUGACCUGUCAGUGCAGUUGAAAUGCUACUGACAAUAUACAGCCAAAGAACAUAAUUACAAAAAUUCCAUAUGCAAAAAAUGCCAUGGUUGUUUUACGGUUUUGGUCAUAAACUGUAACCCUUUACAAGGCAGCCAUGUGCUGCUUUUUAUUGGGGUUUUUUUUGUUUUUGUGUUUGUUUUUUUACUGAUUCAUCUUUGGCUUUGUGUAUAUGUUUAUUGAAAAAGCUUGUGUGGCAUGCUGAUGAUUUUGCAGCUUAUCUGCUUUUAAUUUUUUUUUUUUUUCCACAUUUCAACCGCUUGAUAUUUUGGACAGUGUAAUCAUUAUCAAGUACUAGAGAAGUAGUAGUCUUGGGGGUUAAGGUGGGGGAAGGGCGGGUUUAAGGCUGUGAAAGCAAAUCAAAUCAUGCUGAAGCAAGUACACGAAUGUUUAUUAUAUAUGUCUUGUGCUCUUUUGGAUCCUUUCUCUUGGUUUUGUGCUUUUUUAUGACAAUUCUGAACCACUUUCAUUAUAGAAAAGUAAUGGUUACAUUUUGUCAGUUUGGUGUGGAAAAUGCAGGGAUCAGUCAGCCAUUAAUUCUGUGAAACACUACACCCUGAUUUGAAAUGAUGGGAAGUUGCAGCUGUCUACAACAAUUUUAAAUCACAGCUUUGUUGAUACAAUGGUACAUGAACUGUUUGUUCUACAAGAGCCUAGAAAUUUAUCAGACAUGUCUUGCCUUUUAAUUGACCAGCUACCACCAGUUUCAGACUGGUAACCUUAUGUUGUUUUUUUUAUAUAUAUAAUGUAUACAGAGAAAGAAUAUUUUGCUACAGUUGUGAAUGCUGAAUCCAUUUGCUUUUGAAGAAGAUAUGAAAAACUGAAGGGAACCUUUUCAUGUACAGCAUUCUAUAAAUUUUGUGACUGUGAUGAUAGCUGAUGAAAGGUUUAUUUUUCAUGCUCCCAAAGGACUUAAGAAAAGUAUAGUCAAUUAUUGAUAUUUUAAAUUAUUAUUGAAGGGGCAAGUGACCACUUGUGUUGCCUGGACAGUAAUAGACAUUUAGUAUCCUGAAAAUUACAAAACAAGGUCAGGAAAAACAAUUUUUUCAGGAAUUAUGUGAAUACUUUUAUUGCAAACUUACUGAAUGCUAAGUAUUGUGUGUAGGUUUAUGUUAAUGAAACCUCUGAUUUUUUUUCCAAAAUAUGAAGGUAUUUUCGCUUGAAUUUCAUGGGGUUUUUUUUAAGAUGUUUUUCAUCAGAGGUUGCCGUAGUACUGUUUUGUUCAUCUUUUGUUAAGUGAUUAGCAAAAAUAUUACAGAAUGCAAAGGAUUAAUUCUUAUUGUCAAUUUUGGUGUGGUUUUUAGGUGGGUUUUUAUUUAUAUGUUUCAUCCUGUUGUUGUCCUUUGGGUAAGCUAACUGCCGUGUGACUGCUUUUUGUAUGCCACAGUUAGGUGUGCCAUUUUUCCUGUGAUCUGAGUAUAUAUUCACCAAAACAUAAGAAAUACGGGGGUCAUUGAAUGAUCGAAGAUUUUCUUUUCGGAUGCACAAAAGUAAGAACAUAGGCUUUGUCUUAACUGGUAAUUUAUCUGUUGAAAUACAACUGCAUCAUGCCUUCAUUCAUACUGCUUGCCUGUGAUCGUUGGAAAUAAGCAGUCAUAAAAAGCAUCUCAGAUGAUGAUGUACUGCAUUUUCGCACUUUCGCCUUUGCUAAUCUCGAAUUUGCAUUGUAUUCAUGCAGCUCUGUACAUUGGUACGUGCAUGUCACUGAUUUUUCUGCAUGUAUUUUUCACCAGUCCAGACUUUGUUUUAUGCUUCAGCACAAGAAUUAUGAAUCAUGGAGCCUUUAUUUAAAAGGCUGACCUGAAGGGACGCAAGAAAUUCAUCAAAAAUGCAUUCGGUAUCAAUAUAUGUUUGUAAUUAUAUUUUUUGGCAAUCAAGUAUUACAUUUGAUGCUAAUUUUUCAUACGACAACCAUUUUCGCACUUGUUUACAUUUUUGUGCUACUGCAGAAUCAAGAAAACAUGAACGAUUAUACUUGAUGAUCUUG